ACCAAUGAGAGACUUGGUCACCAAUGAGAGACUGCUCUCAAACUCAAAGCUGAAAAGCCCACCACACCCAGCAUCACCUACUAAUACCAUUCUCUAUCUGGAGCAGAGAGUCCGUCCAAACAAAAAAAACUAAACUAUUUCCUCCCUUGCUUUCUCCGAUGGAGAAUGAACCUUUUCUCUCCUCCCCACCCCCACUUCCACUUGAACCCAUCAUUGAGGACCCUCAUGAUUUCUCUUUCAAUCUCCCUCCUCCCCUCACCGACCCAAUUGCGCUUCUCUUACAAGAACCCCCACACCAACAUGAUGAAAUACACCAAGACCCACAUCCCUCUUCAUCGUCUUCCUCAUCUUCCGGACCCCGGCAUGCCCCGACCCGCAAACCCACCAUUCUCCAGCGAUGCAAGACCGCCCCGGCCAUGGCUGUCAUGCGAGACCUGAAGCCAAAGACGGCCCAGGUCCCCAAGCCACAGUCCGAGACCAGCUCCAUCAUCAUCAGACAAGCUGUGUUGUUACUUGUCAUGUAUCUCUCUCUCGGUGUUGUAAUAUACUCUUUCAACAGGGACAAGUUCUCCGGUACGGAAACCCACCCGGUGGUUGACGCCCUCUACUUUUGUAUAGUCACUAUGUGCACGAUUGGGUACGGCGACAUUGCUCCGGAAACGCCGCUGGCUAAGGUGUUUUCGUGUGUGUUUGUGUUGGUGGGGUUUGGGUUUAUUGACAUCUUGCUUAGUGGGGUGGUCAAUUAUGUGCUGGACUUGCAAGAGAACAUAAUCUUGACCGGAAUCCAAAUGAGUCAUCACCACCACCACCACCACCACCACCAUGGAUUUUCGGACUACAUCGUUGAUGUGGCCAAGGGGAGGAUGAGGAUCAGACUCAAGGUGGGUCUGGCGCUUGGUGUGGUGGUGAUGUGCAUUGGCAUGGGGGCUCUGGUUUUGUGUUUCUUGGAGGAUUUGGAAUGGGUUGAUUCCAUUUAUUUGUCUGUUAUGUCGGUUACAACUGUUGGGUAUGGGGACAAGGCCUUCAAGUCGCUGCCGGGGCGGCUUUUCGCGGCGGUUUGGCUUCUGUUUUCGACACUGGCGGUGGCGAGAGCCUUUUUGUAUUUGGCAGAGGCGAGGGUGGAUAAGAGACACAGGAAAAUUGUCAACUGGGUAUUGCAUAGGGAGAUCACUGUCCAGGAUUUGCUUGCUGCUGACAUCAAUAACCAUGGCUUCAUCAGCAAAUCAGAGUAUAUUGUUUACAAGCUCAAAGAGAUGGGAAAGAUAGAUGAGAAAGAUAUAAUGCAAAUCUGCGAUCAGUUCAGUAAGCUUGAUUCAAACCACUCUGGGAAGAUAACACUGCCCGAUUUGUUGGAGAAUCGCUUCUAACUGCAAAUAGUCAGACCAGGUUUAUGCGAAGGCCAGGAGUACAGAUGCAUUAUGGGGAAAGUAUGAAAAUGUUGAUGAGGAAAGCCUCGAUAUUUGGAUAUUCCUGACAAAUCUUUGGAUGAUUAAUGAAUAACGUGUCGCCAUGCCUUGCAAGAGAUGAAGUGGAUGCUGUAUAUAGACAUUAUAUUUAAUUCCGAAGGAGGAACCAUAGAUCUGGCUACCAAAGUCAAAAUGUCUUGAUCCUAUUUCCUUUUUGAUACUGUGACAUAUGAAAUGAAAAGGGAACAAAGAAAUGUGCAUUCUUUAAUUUGAGAGACAUUAUUCUCCUGAAGGCUUUGAAUUGCCUGAUUUACUAUUCAGUUUAUGUCACUCUGAUUAUUUCAAUACUAAUUUUGUUAAACAGACUCUUUAUCAA